AUGUCUUUACCUGCUUCCAUUCAGACGCUAUCGGCAGCCUUUUCCUUUGGUAUUUUACUUCAAGCAGCGACAGGCGCGUUAUUCAUUUACUACAAGGCCAAAGAUGCCAAAAUUCUUCAGGACGGCCGGAGGCUGGUCCUCAUGCUGUUCAUGCUGUUUGCCGCGUUGUGGGCGCAAAUCAGUUUUAUCAAUCUUAUAGUUACUUCAACCUCCACCUCGACUUGCCAGGCACUACUGGUGUUUACAACUACUUUCGAUCAAUUAGCGCGCGUGUCGAUAGAACAAUUCUUCCUAUGGGCUAUGAGCCAGGGCACGAAAGCAACGACUCAACAGUAUUUGUUACAGGGUGUUUUGGUUAUCAGAUUGAUUGUCGGAGGAGUGCUCGUGGGGUUGACACGACCGGAUGCUCCGCAAUUUUCACCUGUUUGCGCCGCCCACACUUCGGUCCUGCCCAUCGCUAUUGUGGUGCUUGCGCUCGAUUUUGUCAUUAUUGGGGUCUCGAUUAUCAGAAUCUUUUCGAUGGGCAUUUUUAGCGACAUGCGGGUCGCGGGAAAAAGCACUAUUCGUGAGCAAAGCAAGGCUCUCAUUUUUGGUGUUCUGGCAUAUGCGCUAUGGACCGGGACAAGUGUUCCCAUGAUUUUGGGAGUGUCAACUCUGCCUCUCAUUGUUCGAACAGUAGUACCUUCUAAUGGACUUCUGAUACUUGUGGGCGUGUUGACAAUGUUUCCGGGAGCUUUGUUGUCCAAGAGAGAGGACGAAGGGACAACGCCAGAGGCACAGUCGCCAUUCAUGGCUGCGCCAGCGCCAAAUACGCGAGAAGUGUUCCGAGAGAAUGCAGACACUACCUUUCCUAUCUCAGGUGCGGAUUCGAACAAAGCCGGAGUUUUCUUUUCUCAGCAACCAACCUCUGUCGGAUCUUCAGCAUCAGCGCGUUUUUCGGGAUUCUCGAGCUCUAAUGAACCUACGCGAGGCUUCACAAAGUUGAACAGCAACAGUGAAGUCAGAGAAGUUGUCAACCAAGUAGCUGAUAAUUCAAUGUCCAAAAAUGGACCAGGCUACCGAGGAUCAAGUGGCGUAUUUCCCUCUAUCUUUGCAACCCCUUUACAAUCUGGGCCGCAGUCAAGCCUGGCAAUUCCAACUGGAACACUGUUGAGAGAGUCAUCUUCUCCAGUGCCGCCACAGGUUAGCCAUCAGAAGCGCAGCAUGUUUUGGUCAAAGGCUCCUGCGAAGACCAACAUUCGUAACCUGGGCAUUUCCAAUCCAGUCAUGAGUGAGGACAAUCAAAAUGCGAAUCAGCUUUUUUCCAAGAUACCUACAGUCGAUCUCGCUACUGCGGCAGCUAACGAACGUGAGCGACGUGAGGAAGCAGCGGCCAGAGCUCGACUGAUGGAAGUUAGGCUUGCCACUGAGCCAAGAGCUUUGGGGCCCACGAAUGGUAUUCGGAAUAGCACCAAUCUGAAGAGGAAAGUAACACCGGGAAUGAUGGACCAGCCGCUACCUUCGAUCCCUGGAUCCAAAUCAUCCAGUCUUUCCGUUGACGAUGACACUGCCAGCACUACAUCAACGUCACUCUCCCCGGGGCAUGAGGAAGUCAGGCGUAGAUCGCCUCGGAACUCUAAGAGCUUUGAGAGAUCGAUAGAUAAGCCCGCUCCAAAACCACCUCUACAGAGGAAGGGUACAAUAGGUCUUCCGUCAAACCCCAGAGCGGGAGUACAGAGAGGUGCCAUUGGCCAGGAGGCUGCUCAAGAUCCAACUAUCAUGCUUGUAAAUGACAUUGUUUACAACGACCCUGCUACGGUAAAUUCGAUUAUGAGUGCCGCUCCACACACGUUUAGUCAUACAACACGACGCAAGACUAGUGGAAAUAAAUUGGAAGAUAUGCAAUCUGCCAAUCUCAAGUCAUCGAACUCUAUUCUACACAGGCCGCGCCCAUACCGACGAGAUUCGGAAACAGACCGAGCUAUAUUCCCAAGCGAGUCUCCUUUACACCACCAACGAAGCAAAUCGGGUCCUUCGAUGCUAAUGAGGAAAUCCAUGCUUUCAUCUGCACCGGGAAGUCCGACUAACCUACCGCCACUUCCGCCGCCUCCUACGAGUGCUAUGAAAUUACGACGACUACUUCCGAAUGAUACAAAAAGCAUGACUUUUGAUGAGAAGAUAGAGUUACUCUUCCCAGCUCCACCAGGAAUUCCAACUAUACCCAACCGACGUUCUUCGGUCCCAUCACUCCCGCGCGUUCCAUCUCAAUUCGGCACAAUAGCCCAAUUACUACCAAAAUCCCCAGCAGAUGUACGCGACAGCCAAAUGACUUCAAAGAGGUCGACCAUCGCCUCUUAUGCUUUCCUGGAUAUCAAUGAGAAGCAAGGCUCACCAGGUCACAUACAACAGGAGUUAGGAAAAGCCGUAGCACUUGCGACCCAGCGAUUUAGUGCCAACACUUAUCGAAAUAUCGCAGACGAGGUCGGAGAAACUUGGAUACCAGGAAUUUCCACCGGAAAUGUUGACAUUCGAAACUCCGUUCAUGCUCCUACCAAAGUUUAUGAUGGGAGAAAAUCUGCCUGGACGGAAGGUACAUCGAGUGAUGAAAGCUCCCCAAGAGAUACAAGAGACUCAGCGACGUAUUGGGGCUCUGUCCAUUCCAGAGCUCCUGCUGUAGACCUUCCCAAAGCAAGGCAAAAUGCACAUUCGACAUUUAUAACACCAAGAGAGACAUACGAUAAAAGAGACGUUCCAUCGAUGCCUCCGCUUGAGUACAAUGAUGGAGAGGAAAUUAUGACAGUCAUGUUUGAUACAGCAGAGACUCGCCAGCCUAUUUUGUCAAUUCCUGCUCCUGAUCGUCUGUCCUUUGCUCUGGGCGUCAAUCAGCCACAAUCAACUUCUGUACACGAGACUAGAGGUGGAUGGCAUCGGCGAAUUGGUGAUGAGCUACCGACAUUCUCUGGGCGGACAACGAAUACAAAAAUUCGAAAAUUACCUCCUCCUACCCCAUUACUGCUUAACAACAGGGUAAAUGCAACCGCAGUGGUUGUUCAGGCUAGGGAGCCAUCGCCUAUGGAUUCUCCUGAGCGCGCAUUACAACAAAUUCAGGAACAGCUCAAAAAAAUGGAAGACCCUAACAGAGCUUCCGUAGACUCAAUAUUCCGCCGAUUGCCUGUCACUGGACUGGAACAAGAUGGAGACAGCGACAAACUUAGGCUUCUUGAGAAUCUAGAAAAAGAAAUGGGUCAGCAGGAGAAUCAGUGGCAACAGAUGCACAACGACUUUGAUCAAGACUCGGUCUCUGCCAUCUCACCCGCAACGACUGUACUCUCUGAACGCUCGGUAUCUAGGCAUUCUUCUAUAAUCGUAUCUCGUACACCAUCUUUCAAGCGGGAAAGAAGUCGCCUGAGUAUACGCUCGAGAAAACAGGAGUUGACCUCUACUAAAAAUAUCCAAAACCCUGGAGCAAGCAUUUGGCAGCAACGUCUUGCUGAAGCUCAGGUGGAGUAUCUGGAAAAAGCCCCGGCGCUUCUCCGUAAAGGAAGUGUCAACUUCCUUUCCGUUGCAAAAUCCCACCAAUUGGGAAGCCCAACCCCCCCUGAAAGUGUAGAUUCGGGAACCGACAUGUCAUCUGACUCGGAAUCCGAAAGCGGAGAGACUUUAUUGAGGGACGGACGCUGGUCUUCCUCAGUGACAAAAGCAUCUUCUCCUUCACUCUGGCAGCCAGCUAUUGAUCCUCCACAAGCAGCUUCGGGCCGCAUGUGGAACCCCCCUUACGAGACAACAUCACGUGCCGAAUUAAGCGAGCCUCCAGCAAAGAACAUUCGACCAAUUCCACGUCGGAAUGGUGAUAUCCUCACAAUUCGAAGUUCUACUUUAUGGACAAAAUCCCAAACCCCAGAACAAAAACGGGCCGUUACAGGACUGUGGGGCUCAAGAGCUCUAAGACCACGAAGUAUCAUAACCCGGAGAGUCACGCAGCGACCACAAAGAAAAUCAAAGCGUCUUACAUUCUUGCCUGACAUUGUUGAGAGCCCAGUACCGCUUCCAAACAAGCGGGAUACUCUUGGCAUUUACCAAUUUCCAUGGGGUGAGAAGUCAGACACCGCGAUUUACCAGCCACCAUUCGAUCCCAGCAUUCUUGCGGGAUCCUUGGUCAGCGCUAGGCUUCAAGAAAGAUCACUGCAACUGGAACCUGAUCUUGAUGAAUAUUCCGCAUCAUACUUUGAUGAUUACGACGGAGAAGAAGACGAUAGCUCUGAUAUGGGAUCAGAAAGUGAUGAUGACUUUGAUGAGACGACGUUGUGGGAAAUUGCCAGCUUACUGCAGAGUACCAACGUGCCGUCCAAGAACAGUCUCCUUCCGCCUGUUCGUCAAGUAGAGUGGUCGGAAGAUGUGAUUGAUGAACACGAUACAAAGAGUGAUUUCGAAGACGGUUUGUCACAGACUUAUAGUGAAUCUGCCCAAGAGCCGACCAUGCAACUUCCAAUACAACCUCUUUCAACAUCGAAGCCGACUUCCUUGCUAUGGGCAAGGGAAAGCUCUCUCGAGUCGGUCGUGACUGGCAAAGGAUUGCCACAGCCAUCCGAGGGCGUGUGGACGUCGCUCCUCACUCCGACUAAUGUUCCUGUCAAAUCGAUGUCGCAUCUUCUCAGCGAAUUGCCAAUGCUUGAGUCUUCGCGCCUAUGGGAGGCUCAGCCUAAAUAUACAGAGCCUUCGACGCCGUGUCUGAUGUGGUCCGAUCAUAACUCACAAUUAUUGCCACCGGUCAACAUGAUAUUCGUCCCAAAAUCUGCUGGGCUGUGGUCGCUAGUGAACAAAAGAGAGACUGUUAGUUCUGAUGGUUUAUUCACCUCAUCUGGAUCAUUGAAGGCCUCUCGCACUACGUCUCAAGUCCCGGCUGCACUCUCCAUGACGUGUAAACCAAGACCCAGUCAGCUACCACUUGCUUCAUUGUCAUCAGACAAACUUUGGAGUGGCUGUGGAGGAUCUCAAUCUGAACAUCACUGGAUUUCUGAAUCCUCGGUCAGACCCGAGAGUCCAUUUAUCUCGUCACCGACCUCGUCCGGCGAAUCUUCGCCAGUUUCUGAUACUUCUUCCAUAAAGUCUACUAGUACAAAGGCGUCUUCAAUUUGGGGUUCUUUUACUUCGUCUAUGCCAUGGGCUUUGAAGUCCGUGAAAAACUCUACCCCUCGUUCUCCUGUGGAUGCCCCUAAACCAACGCUGAAGUCUACCGACGGGCAAUCUGCCAAACGGGCAGCCAGUCCCAACGCAGAGCUGAUCAAGAAGACCAAGAUUCCUGCACCAGUUUCGGUCUUAGCCUCCGUUAGAGAAUCAAGAGUACUAUCCUCAAAGGACCUUUUCGAGGCUCGGCUCAAUUUAGAGACCUUGCCUAUCGUAAUGGCUCAAAAUAUUGUCGAUUCUACACCACCACCAAAGGAGGCCUUGAUUCAUCGACGCAAAGCCAUCGUUGCAACUACCGCUGCCUGGAAAGCGGCACUAGCUGAAGCAAUCAUAGCUGGCAGACCGAAGAUGGCUCGUUCAAAACGAACAGCUACCACCGCAGAUUGGAAAGCCCAAUUGGAAGCUGCGAUUUCUGCAUCCAAACCACAAUUACUAAAGCCGGAAGCUACACCUGCCAUGUGGCGAGCUGCUCUUGAAGAUGCUGUUGUUGCAGGUACACCAAUCUUAGCAACUAUUGAAUCCGACGCUUCGGUUUGCCACCCUGUCUUUUUCGUCAAAAACAUGACUUCUACUACUGCCGAUAUUCACCCUGCGGCCAUUGGAUACUGCAAAUUCUCUCCGAAGCCAGAACUAUGGCACGGCUCAGUCCACACCAAAAGCCCAGCUUCUGGGUUGCUUUGGUCGAAAGCCGCAACUGUGAAAGAAGUGAAUCCUGCCAUGUUUGCUUCUCUCAAAGAGGAGUCGAUACGGAGAGCUCGAGUACUCGAGCCAACAGAAAUGGCAGAGCUUAAUUCAAGCUCUUGCUGGACGGCUCCUAAGCACGAAACAUCGGAGCCAAAUUGGCUGUUCAGAUGCAGCACUUCACCACCAAAGACAUUCACCUGGACUUUGGGUACAUCUAAAGUGAGAUCUCACAACAACCCCAGUCUUUUGUGGUCCAAGCGCGAUUCCCCGGUCAUUAUCAAGGCAACGGAUGCUUUGAUUGAUGCUUAUACCCUGCCGAGGAAGGUGUCCAACCCAGUCUCGCUUGAGCUUCCUGCCCUAAGUUCUAGUUCGCUUUGGCAAAAAACUCGAGAUGUGUAUACAGAAAACACCUGGCUACUUGCUACUAAGAAGGAGAAAGCUAUGACCUGGUCUCCACCAACAGUGGGCUCAUGUGAUAUCGAUAGUCAUCUAUGGUCAAUAGAGCGAAUGAAUCAACGGCAUUCCCAUCUGGAAAUGACAGCGUCCAGCGACAGAAGUACCAAGAAGGUGCCCAACCACACCUCACCUCAUCUCGCGAUCUUGGAGUCUUCUCAGCUAUGGCAGCCACUUCGUGUUGUCUCUUCAGAACAACAUUGGCUGCAAAGUAACCUGAAAACCAUGUUUGUUCAGUUCUACACCUGGACCCCACGAUCAGAGCUACCUACCCAGAAGCAGACGGCCAUGUGGUCAUUGACAGAGAUGAGGCCAUCACCGCAACGCGAAGAUAUUUUCAGCCAUGUCUUGCAUGAUCUUGAGAAGAAAGUCUCAGCUCCCCAGAUCACCUCACUUCCAUCACUCCAAUCAUCCAGCCUCUUCCAAGUGCAACAAAAGGGGUCAGGAAACCAGCAUUGGCUACACUUGACUUGCAGAACCGAAAAUAUCCCAACCUCUUCGCCAGCUUCGUCUCCGGUUAGCACCUUAUGGACAGCCACCCCUACCGUAAGUCCAGCGACGCAAGAAAGCUUACUGUGGGAGACAAGUCCUUCAAUCGAAGUUUCGUCCCAGGCAUCCUUUGACAAUCCUCACUCAGUAUCGUGGAAUCGUGCCAAGAGGGAGUUGGAACCUGUCAAAACGAUUGAGUCUGUUGAGAUGUGGCGACGCUGUACAAAGAUCCCAAUUAGUCCUAAAAACUGGCUGGAGAACAAGGUGGUCAACAAAGUCGAAUUUCGGUAUUGA